AUGGAACAGAGAGGAAAGAGUCCACGUAAGAAGAAAAAUGAUCAGAUGGCGAUGGAGAGAGGAAGAGCAGUCUCUGCUACACCAACCUAUUAUAAUCAUAAUCGUGAUGUGAAUAAUAAUCAUUCAUCAUCGGCAGCAACUACUUUUAAUACGGCCACAUCUGCUGCUAGUUGUACAUUUCAUGAGGAGAUGGGAACGAGUGAAUGUUCUGAUGAUUGUUGUUCUGAAGUGAUUGGACAUUUUGAUGAUGAAGCAUCAAUGCCAAAUAAUGAAAAUGAUAAUAAUAGUACUAAUUCUGCAGAUUUUGAGGAACAAUCGAGUAGUUUUAGAAGAUUAAGUUUGAUGGGAACGUGUGAUGAUGAUAUCAUGUUUGAUUCAAUGAUGUAUAAUCAGAGUCAUUAUUAUUCAUCGUUUACUGUGAAUGGUGGUGGAGCUGUUGUUGGUGGUGGAAUGAGUAGCUACUAUUCGAAUGGUUGUGGAAUGUAUGAAGAUGAUGAUAUGCCAAGUGCACCAACUAGUUUAACACCUUCGAAUUAUUCAUCCUCUUCGAAUAGAUUUGGUGCUAAUUCACUUAGUUCUGUAAAUAAUAGUCAAUCGAGUUUGAGCAUGAUUGGACAAUGUGCAAGAAUGAUGAAAUCUAAUGUAAAUACCAAUUCGAAUCAAGAAAUGAGACCAAAGAGCAGUGGCUCCCUACCAACAGUUAAUUCAUUAUCAAGACAAUCUUAUAAUGAUCAAUCUAUUGCUGCCUUAAAAGAUUUAAUAAAUGUAAAUAUUGGAGUGUAA